UGAUAAUCAAAGCAUGUUGACACCGGGCCGGAAGCAGACUCGUUGGAUUGGGUCAGCCCUUUGGGCUCGGCGGACGCAGCCUGGAGGCGAUGACGCCAGCCCAGCUGCUCGGCGCUCCACCUCCGGCUUCGGUGAUUGGCGUGUGUCAAGCCGAUCCGAGAAGGGCUCGAGCGUGGAGACAUCGAAGUUCAAAGGUCAAUACUGAGUAGACUAGAAAAUUAGAUUAUAAGAUAGAUUGUCAUUUCGAUUGACC